GUCAUGUUGUGUUGACAGUCUCUGCCUGCAUCUCCAUCCAGAUGCUUGCAGCUGCUCGGGGGGCGCAGCAGCACCAGACUGCCUCUCAGACCGGGGAGGGGGCAACGUUUACCCCGCAGGACACACAGUUGCUGCCCGAGCCUCUCCAGCUCCUGUCACACGUGUACUCUCUCUCCUCAGUUUAGAGCUGACUCCCAUCGCUCCCACUCCCCGCUAGCCGAUUCAUUCGCUCCUCGAUGCCUUCACGAUGGAAGGGAGGUGAUUCUCCUCGCCGCCAUUUUUAGGGAACUGCCUAUCGAGGAGAAACUUUGCUAGCUACUGCCUCACGUUAGCAGCUAGCUAGCUAGUUGGCGAGUAGCCUGCCUACCAGUCUCGCGGUGACAGUUAACGCUUGACAGUCGUUAGCGGGGCUAGCUUGCCUCACGUUGAUGUGAAUCGUCCCUGCGGCCGGUCAGUAUACAUGACAAAAACAUCCCGUACUGCUGAACGAGCUACACUUGGAGUCAGUGUAGCCGUCUAUAUUGGGUAGGGCAGUUGUAACGGUUACAAUACCGAAUAUUAGCAUUGCUAACUUAUAAGCUAGCGAAUUCACACUUUGAUUUCUCUGGACUGCAUUGCCUCGUCUGUGAUUUUAGCGUCAGCCACCAACUCUGACCGUGUUACAGGGACUGACUGGAUUAAUCGGCCGCUUAUGCCCCACUUCUCAUCCGGGCUGGACUCAUCUUGACCAGGUGCCCAUGUUCCUUAGGCCCAUCCAUUACCGCAGAUGAAUCUUCAGCUGCUGUGGCGUAGCUCAGCACCCAGAUAGUCCCGUCCCCUUUGCGUGGGUGAUAAGGGACUACAUUCACCAGGAUGCCCUCCUCUGUAAGGGCAGGGAGCCUGAAGGAUCCGGAGGUGGCUGAGCUUUUCUUCAAAGAAGACCCAGAGAAGCUUUUCUCUGACCUCCGAGAGAUCGGCCAUGGCAGCUUCGGCGCUGUCUACUUUGCACGGGAUGUGCGCACUAACGAGGUGGUGGCCAUUAAAAAGAUGUCCUACAGUGGGAAACAGUCUAAUGAGAAAUGGCAGGACAUUAUAAAGGAGGUGAAGUUUCUGCAGAGGAUCCGGCACCCCAACAGUAUAGAGUACAAAGGCUGUUACCUCCGUGAGCACACAGCAUGGCUGGUGAUGGAAUACUGUCUUGGCUCAGCCUCCGAUCUGCUAGAAGUUCAUAAAAAACCUUUACAAGAAGUAGAGAUUGCUGCCAUCACACAUGGUGCUCUGCAGGGGCUGGCCUACCUUCAUUCCCACAAUAUGAUCCACAGGGACGUGAAGGCAGGUAAUAUUCUGCUGACUGAGCCUGGGCUGGUCAAACUGGCCGACUUCGGCUCCGCCUCCAUCGCCUCACCUGCCAACUCCUUUGUGGGAACGCCAUAUUGGAUGGCCCCAGAGGUGAUUCUAGCUAUGGACGAGGGCCAGUAUGACGGGAAGGUGGAUGUUUGGUCCUUAGGGAUCACCUGUAUAGAAUUAGCGGAGAGGAAGCCUCCCUUGUUUAACAUGAAUGCAAUGAGUGCCUUAUAUCACAUAGCGCAGAAUGAGAGCCCUACACUGCAAGCCAGUGAAUGGUCGGAUUACUUUAGAAAUUUUAUCGAUUCAUGCCUUCAGAAAAUCCCCCAGGACAGACCACACUCCGACGACAUGCUGGGCCAUGCGUUUCUGCAGCGUGAGCGUCCAGACUCUGUGCUGAUGGAUCUUAUCCAGAGGACCAAGGAUGCGGUGCGAGAGCUGGACAAUCUGCAGUACCGCAAAAUGAAGAAGAUCCUCCUUCAGGAAGCCCACAACGGACCCACAGCAGAGGUCCAGGAUGGAGACGAGGAGCUGGAGCCGGGCGGAGGUCGAACGGGAACCGUGAACAGUGUCGGCAGUAAUCAGUCCAUCCCCAGCAUGUCCAUCAGCGCCAGCUCCCAGAGCAGCUCCGUCAACAGUCUGAACGAAGCGGCCCAGGACAGCCGCAGCGAGCUGGACUUGAUGGAGGGAGACCACACGGUCAUGUCCAACAGCUCCGUCAUACACCUCAAACCGGAGGAAGAGGAGAGUUUCUCCGGGGAGCAGGCAGCCACCAGUCAACCCUCUGAGCCCCCUCAAACACCAGCUCAGGCCCCGAGGAAGCACUACCGCAACAGAGAGCACUUUGCCACCAUACGUACAGCGUCACUUGUGACGCGUGAGAUGCAGGAACACGAGCAGGACUCUGAGCUGCGGGAGCAGAUGUCGGGUUACAAACGCAUGAGGCGGCAACAUCAGAAGCACCUGAUGGCCCUGGAGAACAAGCUGAAGGGGGAGAUGGACGAGCACAGGCUGAGGCUGGACAAAGAGCUGGAAAGUCAGAGGAACAACUUCACCCAGGAGAUGGAGAAGCUGCUCAAAAAACACCAGGCGGCUCUGGACAAAGAUCUGAAGACAUUUACCAACGAUGAGAAGAAGUUCCAGCAGCACAUCCAGGUGCAGCAGAAGAAAGAGCUCAGCAGCUUCCUGGAGUCACAGAAACGGGAAUACAAACUACGCAAGGAGCAGCUCAAAGAGGAACUGAGUGAGAAUCAAUCGACUCCCAAGAAAGAGAAGCAGGAGUGGCUGUCCAAGCAGAAAGAGAACAUCCAGCACUUCCAGGCGGAGGAGGAGGCGAACCUGCUGAGGAGACAGAGGCAGUACCUGGAGCUGGAGUGUCGGCGCUUCAAACGCAGGAUCCUCAUUGCCAGACACAAUGUUGAGCAGGACCUGGCCAGAGAGGAGCUAAACAAACGGCAGACACAGAAGGACCUGGAGCACGCCAUGCUGCUCAGGCAUCACGAGUCGAUGCAGGAGCUGGAGUUCAGACACCUGGGGACGAUCCAGAAGGCGCGGGCAGAGCUGAUCAGGACCCAGCACCAGACUGAGCUCACCAACCAGCUGGAAUACAACAAGAGGAGGGAGAGGGAGUUGAGGCGCAAGCAUGUCAUGGAGGUCCGACAGCAGCCCAAGAGCCUCAAGUCUAAAGAGCUUCAGAUUAAGAAGCAGUUCCAGGAGACUUGUAAAACUCAGACCAGGCAGUACAAGGCCCUCAGGAACCACCUGCUGGAGACCACACCCAAGUCUGAUCACAAGGCCGUGCUCAAGAGGCUGAAGGAGGAGCAGACCCGGAAGCUGGCCAUCCUGGCUGAGCAGUACGACCACUCCAUCAACGAAAUGCUCUCUACGCAGGCUCUGCGGUUAGACGAGGCUCAGGAGGGGGAGUGUCAGGUUCUGAGGAUGCAGCUGCAACAGGAGCUGGAGCUGCUCAAUGCCUACCAGAGCAAGAUCAAGAUGCAAACAGACGCUCAGCACGACAAGGAGAGGAGGGAGCUGGAGCAGAGGGUCUCUCUGCGGAGGGCUCUGCUGGAGCAGAAAAUUGAGGAGGAAAUGCUCGCCCUGCAGAACGAGCGUCUGGAGCGAAUCCGCUCGCUGCUGGAGCGCCAGGCCCGCGAGAUCGAGGCCUUCGACUCGGAGUCCAUGCGGCUGGGCUUCAGCAACAUGGUGCUCACUAACCUGGCUCCCGAUUCCCAGGGGGGCUGGGGGGGAGGAGGUGGAGGAGGCCAGGGGGCUCAGGGGGGAGGCCACUGGCCCGGAGGAGGCGGCGGAGGCGGCCACCAUAGUCAUCACCACCAGGGGGGCUCCAGCUCACAGCAGCCCUGGGGACACCCCAUGCUGGCUGGGGGCCCGCCGCCCUGGAGCCUCCACCACCCGGGAGGAGGGAGUCAGAGGGGGAGCGGCGGAGGGGCGGGAGGGGUGAGGAACAGCCCGCAGGCUAUGAGGAGGACGUCAUCAGGGGGGAGGAAUGAACAGGGCAUGAGCAGGAGCGCCAGCAUCACCUCUCAGAUAUCCAACGGAUCCCAUCUGUCGUACACCUAAACAAGAAACAACACACACACACACACACACACACAGUAAUUGUCUUAAAGUCAAAUUCUUGUGCGCCGAGGUAACACUGUACACACACACACACACACACACACCAUGCAUACAGCGCACACUGCACAGUGCUGAGACACCACUGCUCUCUUACAUCAGUGUGUCUCUGGAAGCCCAAAAGUCCAAUCCAAGAUGGCCGAGGGUCAUUUACAGUACGCCACAGUGCAAUAGUGUCAUAUUUACUGCAGCCUACAGCGCUAUUAUAUGUGUUCGUAUUCGCCAUGUUAGUCUCCGUUGCCAUAGACCCAAAGUGUCAUAUUCAUGGAGUUUAUUAUCAGGAGUUGUCUGUUUGCAGUACGCUGUUUUAUACACACACGUGGAGUUAAUCUGAUGCUUUUAGAUGUUAAGUAGCACAAAAGUUGAGCAGAAUGGGGAAAGUUGAGUAUGCAUUUUUCUGAUUAACAUUAAAAUGUAUCAGUGUGCAAACUCCUUCAAACCGCUCACGAUUAAAGAACUGACAGCUCACUGACAGACAGUUAUUGAGAUUAUAGUUUAUGUGCAGUUGCAGGCAGGAGGCAGGACUGACGAUUGAGGAGCAGUUUGAGAACGUGCCAGACAGGUGAAGAGGGAAAAUGAAAGGAGGACGAAGGUUGCCGUAAGUGAGUACCAAGGCAAGGAAGCAUGCAAUAUAAGCGGGAGGCUUCUCCUCCAGCAGAGGGCAGAUCUGACCGCCAGGUGCAGCGUUUUACCGACACAAAAAACCUGCAAAGAUGCCAAAGGUGCAGAGUCAGAUUUGUCAUUAUCCAUGCCAACAUAUUAAUGUAUUUUAAAGAGAUUGUGCCAGAGAUGUCAGUGAACGUUCAGUAUAAUUCUAUGUGGUGCAUUUGUCGCUGGAGUCAUUUCUCGUGCACGCUCGGCCUCGUUGGGCUCUUGGGUUUCCACAGACCUCUGCACUUCGCUCACACGCGCCCUCGGGACAGGGAUGGAUAUUUCAGCAGCGCCUAACCACCAACUUUUCUCCAAACUGGUGUUCACUCGUCGCUCGUUUGCAUUAACUUCCAGGUCUAAUUUUGGAACUGUGUUUGGUCAGUGAAAGCGAUUUAACUACGCAGUAAAAAAAAUAAAUAAAUAAACACGGCUGUUGGUCUACCUCAAGAUCACCAAGUAGAGCUUCACCACAGGAUGUCAUGACUGGACAAUGACUUGCACUUUGGCACAGGCCUUCUACAUCACACUAAAUGUUAAUCAGACAUUUACACACACACACACACACACACACACACUCACACAUAGAUACAAAGGUUCUUGAAUUGACAGUAUGUCCCUUUGCACACUUGGCUGAUGAAUGCAUGUACAGGGGUAAAUACUGGGACAUAAAAGUGUGAAAAAGAGAGCACUUUUGAUUUUAUAAGAGGUCACAGAGAUGUAGUGAACGAGCAAAGGAGCGUGACAGAGGAGCUUCACCUGCCCUCUGCUGGUUGGCGACUGCUGAAUGUCUCAGUGGGUGGAUGGGUGGUGGUGCUGUGAUCUCCGCUGCCAUGCCCCUGCAACCUUCCCCCCCGUUCUGACACCCUGCUCUGUUUCACCCCUGGUCACGAUCUCCCCGCCUCCCUUCUACCUCCGUUUCCUCCCCUCCUGAGCCUGGUGUGGUAUUCACCUCCUCCCUGAUGUGUUUGGGAAGAGCUCUUGAAGUGAAAGAAAAGAAGAAAAAAUAUAUGUAUUAUUAUAUAAAUCUUUAAAAAAAAAAAAAAAGAAAAGAAGGAUUAUAGAGAACUAGAGAUAAAGGUGGAAGUCUUAUUGUGAAAUGCAGAGGUUAUGCAUUAUAUGAAUUUCAGAGGUGAAGAUGUACAGGAAACCUGUUAAUAUUGUAUAUUUUGAAUUUGAAAAUAUGGAAAUCUGAUCGACAAAUCAAAGACAAAAUUAACUUGUUGUGAUGCAGAGUUUUCACUGUCUCACUUGCAGCUGCGAGUUCGGAAACGUGUUACAGAUAUUCUGUUGUGACUGAUAACAACACAACUGUAGGGCAGGUUGCCUCGAGUAGACGGCAACGUUUUGUUUAAUGCUGAAUGAGGAUGAUUUUGCACAUAAUUUGAGAUGUAGUUAGGUGUAGCCUUUGCUUUAGCACUGGCUAUGUUUUACUGACAUUAUGAUACCCAAAUGUAGACUCGCCUGUCUCUUUAGGUUUUUCAUGGUUUUUAGAAGACGUAGAGAGAGAAAGAAUUUUAUUUCAAAGAUCUGUAAAAUCUGAAAAAAACAAAAUAACGCUGAAUCGUGUUUGGCUGCAUAAUCCAUAUUUGAUGCACUCCACAAGCUCCACAAAUUCUUUCCAAAUUCUUGCACAAGACAGUGAAAAUAUAUCUGUUGUUUGAUAUCUACAAAGGGUUACUCUUCGGUGUUGUGGGGUCCACGGUUAUUAUUUGGACUUUUUAUUUCUGAUUUAUGAAACGCGCGCCCUCUUUUGUUGUGGUUCUACACGAAGCAUUUUCACACUGCACUUAAGUAUUUGCCUUUUUUUUAAAAAGAAAAAAAAAAAAGAAACGAAGACCACCACCUGCACUCAGAAUUUAUAAUCCUGUCGUUUUUCUUGGCUCAGUUCUGAUGACAGAAAAAAAAAAGAACCAACAGAGUGUGGCGGUCUUUCUUCAGCCAGUAUGCCAUCGUACCCAACAUCUUUUUAUCAGCCCGUUCUCCCGGCGCCGUAGUGUUUUAUUUACUUUUCUGCCAGAAAGGCUCAUUUUAAUUUCCAGAUGGCGUCUGCAGAGGGCCAAACGACUGGUGGAUUUUUUUUUUUUUUUUUUAGACCUUCUCUUGUGUUUACUAGAACUCCCAGGUGUUUUGCGAGGCAGUCGGGACAGAGUCUAGCUUUAGACCUCGGUCACUCUGAACUGGAUCAGUUGCACUGAUUGCACAAGUGAUUGACCAGAUUAAAGAGUCUACUGUGAUCCCCCCUCAGCGUGCCGAGGGACGGCUGCCAUUGGUUGAAAGAAGGCGGGAGGCAGGGUUAUGUCUCUGUACAGUCUGUUUAUCAGUAUUCCCUUUAUCUCUCCUGUCAUUUGGUGGAUCUUGCUGUUUUAUUCUCCGUAGUCCAGAGACCUGUAUUAAACUGUAUUCAAUUGUAUAGAUUGUGCAAAAAGCUGAAUGUCGCAUAGCAGAAGAGAAAAGCUAUUCCUUACAGAUGACAAAGUGAUUUAAAAUGUAUAAAAGAAAUUCAGAAACAAAGUUUAGGGGAUAAAUGUAAUAUUUUGUUUGUAAUUACUAUUUUUUGUUGGAAGAGGGCUACUGGAUAAAGAAUCAUCUGUAAUAAAGUAAUUUUAAUAUU